GCAGUUGAAGGGCUAAACUUAAUUUUGCCAGAACAUUCUGAUGACAAGCAAAGCUUCAGUACGGAAGCAUUUAAGAAGAUGUGGCGACUGAGAAUUCUCUGGCUGGGAAAUAUAAGGCUGACUGGAAGCUACAAACAUCUUUCCAAGGAGUUAAGAUUGUUGUAUUGGAAAGGAUUUCCUCUUGAAGCCAUACCAGCAGAUUUUGAUCAACGAAACCUAGUUUAUUUAGGCCUGAGCUACGGCAAGAUGGUACGAGUUUGGGAGGAUUCGGAGCUGGUACGACAUAAUUAUCAAUGUCCUUUUGCCUAAGAAGUUGAAGUAUCUCGUUCUUAGACACUGCCAUAACCUGACCGAAUUACCAGACUUUUCAAAACUCCCACAUCUCAAGGCAUUGAACCUCAGAGGCAGUAAGGGUUGGUGUGGGGGUUACCAUUUUUUGGCACAACUGAAGAUGAUUGAGUCAUUAGAUCUCAGCGACUGUAAUAUAACAGACGGUGCCGUUCUCGAAAUAAUUGGGAGUCUAUCUUCUUUAACAAAAUUAGGUCUAGAUUGGAAUGGUUUUAAUAGGCUACCCAUUCUCAGUGGCCUUUCUCAGCUUCGGUUUUUAUUUCUAAAUCAUUGCACAAACCUUCAGGCAAUCCCAGAUUUGCCGACGAGUUUGAUUGAAUUGAAAGCGAAUUACUGCACUGCACUGGAAAUAAUGUCCGACUUUUCAGAGAUGUCGAAAAUGAGGAAAUUGGAACUGAAAGACUGCCGCAAACUCAAAGAUAUUCCAAACUUGGAGAACUCAAUGGACUACAUGCAUUCAAUUCAUAUGGAAGGGUGUACCAGUCUCACUGAUACUUUUAAGGAGAACCUCCAAACGAAAAAUGCAUUUGGUGGAAUUCUUCUCUCUGGAAAUGAUAUUCCUAACCGGUUAGCCUAUGUCGCAAGAGAGGAUGAAACUGUUGAAUUUAAAGUGCCACCAAGUCUUGAUUAUAUAGGAGGGUUGGCUUUGGGCAUCGUUUAUUCUUCGGACAACUCUGACUGCACUGGGACUCUAAUCAUUGAUGUUGUUAAUCGUACCCAGCGAACUAUUUUUCGCGUUUGGGCAAUGGAGGGCACCGUAACUGCUUCCCCUGAAUAUUAUCUUUGGUUGGGAAAUCUUUCAAACAAGAUGCUCAAUCUGAAAGGCGGCGACAAGUUUCUUGUAACAUCAGAAUUUUAUGAAUGUGAUAAUAGAAUUAAGGUGAACAAAACAGGAGUGGAUAUUGUAAAAUGGGAUUUGUAUGAUGGUAGUACUAAUUGGGAGGACUAUGAGACCAUGUCAUAUGAGUCUGAUGAAGACACUGAUGACGAUACACAGUUGAGCAUAUGCCACGUUUUCCUUUGCUACAAGACCCCCGAGGCAUGGCCGUGGUGCAUUGAAGGCUCUAAGUCCAAUCUGCUCCCUAAGUUCUUCGCCUCCGCUCUCAAAGCUUGCAAGAACGACAUCACCUUUAAGGUCCGUUUUCCAGUUUGUGUUUUGUUGAAUUUUAAAUGGUAGAAGCUUCUUGGGUUCAAUUUAAAUGUGUUGUUAUCAACUAUUGAAUUGCUUUCGAAGCUGUUUGGCUACUCCCUUAACGCCAUUUUUCCUUUUCUUUUCAGCUUCUUCGAUUUGCAGCCCCCUUAUUUUUAUUCCUUUUCCAAAUUUAGCUUUUUUCCCUAUUUUUGUAUCUUUUGGCUAAUUUUGUGGAUCUUAGUCAGUGCUGUGGGUAUUGGUGAAUUUCUAGCAUGUUUAAGCGUGCAGUUUUUGUUAUAAUGCAUGGAUUGUGUCUUGUUCAAUUUUAAAUCUCAGAAGCUUUUAAUUUUUUUUGGGUUCAAUUUUAAAUGGGUUGUUAUCAACCAUUGAAUUGCUUUUGGAGUAUUCAUUUGAUAAGAGAGAUGGGGGGUUCUUUUGGGUGAAACUUUUGAUUCGUGAUAUUUUUAGUUAGGUUGUGUUGUGGGUUUUCGUAAAUUUCUAUCGUGUUUAUGCGUGCAUUUUUUUGUUAUAGAUUUGGAAGAACAUAGCAUUACAGGGUGUUGAGGGUUUGCUGGCGGGGGAAAGUAGUAGCGUUAAGAUUUGCAGGUGAGAUAUUAGGGUGAGAGAAAAACAGGACAAAGAGCAUCGAAGACACAUUUGGGAUUAGGGGUAGCAAAAUAGGGGAAAAGAAUAUGACAGAGGAAUGGACUCUUAAUUUUUUCUUGACUGGUUUGGGAUUUUGCUUGCCUCUGGGGUCGUCGUUGGCGUCAAGCCAUUUGGUGUCAAGUGGUGUCUGUUUUUUCAUAACUUUUAUUACUAAUUUUCAUGUCAUUUGCGAUUUUGUGUCCUAGGAUUUCUGAAUUUUAUCGUUCAUUGUCAGUUUAAACUUUUUUUUGUCUUUCAUAUGUUUGUUUAAUAUGUUGUGUUUGUGCUGGGACGCGGUUUUGCAAGUUCUCUUUCCAUUGGGACCACUACAUUUUAUAAGUGAUGAGGGUGAGGUUUAGAUACUCAAAACACUCCAUUUUUUUUUCCAAAUAUGUUCGUUUGGUUCUCUUCGGUUUUAAAUUUUUAAAAUUAAAUGGUUAUUUUGAUAAAAUGGUUUAUUAGUUUAUCUUAUGUGUUGUGAUCAGGAAUUCAAUUGGAUUGGGUAAAAUGCUUUAUCAAUUUACGUUAUAGGGAAUUUUGUGUAUUAUGGUCUGAGUUUUAUUGCACAUCGUUUGUUCUUUUUUCUUUGUUUGCCGGUUUAUUUUGCAGGGGAUCACUAUAAAAUUGUUUGAGGGUAAGAUUUAGAUAAUAAAAUUCGAAACGAGGCAUUCCUUUUCUUUUUGGAAAGUAAUUUAAAAGCUCUGCAUAGAUAGUUAACUGUGUUGAAAUGUCUUGAUAAAACCUAAACAUUUUGUUAUAUGUGAAUGUUCAUUCCUUACUACAAAUAUAAUAGGCAUAGUGGUCUAAAAAAUUAAAACCCACUGACACAUGACAUCAGAAAUUCAAACCAAUUUCUACUGUUACCAUUACCUUCUUUCAUUCAGAUCAUCAGCAUGUAGUUCAAAUCUAGAUCAAACCUAGAUGAAAUUCAGGUGACAUUAUUUAUUG